GUUAGUCGGUCUCUCGUAUCAAUCCGAGCCGUGGCCCCGCCUUGCUUACUGGCGACAGUUCCGAGCGCAGCUGGGCUAUAAUAUUAAUGAGACCGAUUUCCCGGCACUUUUGAUCUCACAUCAUGAGAAUCCAUUCACAAGUCCGUCGUCAUGAAAAGAGAUACUUCUUCAUUAUCCGACAUCCAACCAGUGUACGACUAUGUCGUCGUUGGGGGAGGAACUUCCGGGUUGGUCGUGGCCAGCCGAUUGACAGAAGACCCCGCAGUCAGCGUUCUGGUCUUGGAGGCUGGAAGCGAUCGUGUCGACGAUCCGCGUAUCGCAGCCCCUGGCCUCUCGGCCAGUACCUACUUUGACCCUGAGUUCGACUGGGGUCUUAUAAGCGAACCUCAGGAAGGCCUUAAUGGCCGACGCCUUGCUCAAUCCCGCGGCCGAACACUAGGAGGCUCCUCGGCUAUCAACAUGGGGAUGGCAAUCUACCCUAGCGGUAGCGAUAUCGAUGCAUGGGAGCAGCUGGGAAACCCGGGCUGGAACUGGAAGUCUCUAUCCACCUACAUGCGAAAAUCGCAGACAUUCAUACCGCCAUCGGAUGAGGUUCGGGACCAGCUAUCGCUUGGCUAUGUUGAUCCAGAUGUUCAAGGGACCGAUGGACCCAUACAGAUUUCAUUUGGCAAUGGGCCUUUCCCGGCCUUCACUGCCGCCUGGCCUCGGACAUUUGAGGCUUUAAAUCAUCGGCUGACAGGAGAUCCAAUGUCUGGUCGGGCCAAUGGUGCCUUUUGCAACCCGGCUACAAUUCACGGAACCUCACGGGCUCGUAGUCACGCGGGCGUCGCCUAUUACACUCCCGAAAUAGCGCAGCGCUCUAACCUCCGAGUCAUUACUGAAGCAGUUGUGGAGAAGGUUUUGCUCGGCAAAACAAAUUGUGUCGAUGACGGCCAGGCCAUCGCGACGGGCAUCCAAUUCCGAGGGAACGAUGGAACUCAACGCACAGUGGCCGCAAGAGCCGAGGUUAUCCUGGCAGCCGGCACAAUCAAAACACCGCAUCUGCUAGAGCUCUCAGGCAUCGGUGACGCCAAGCGUCUUCAAGAGCAUGGUAUCAAUACCCUCAUCGACAAUCCUAAUGUAGGCGAGAACCUGCAAGAACAUGGCCUCGUCCCAUUUACGUGGGAGGCUGCCGAUGGCCAGAUAACUGGCGAAGCCUUACGCGACCCUGAAGUAGCCAAAGCCGCCAUGGAGGCGUGGCAGUCUUCGGGGGCUGGGCCAUUAGGUUCCCACCCCCUAGCUUCGGCUUUUAUGACUCUCCCGGAGCUGGAAAAGGGUGAGUUAUCUGGCCUCAUAGAAAAGCACUUGAAUGAGGACGGUUCAGCCAGACAAACCGCGCAGUACCGUAUCCUCCGCCAAUUUCUCGAAGAUACCGACGAGCCGACAUGUCAGUAUACGCUAGCACCAUUCCAGAUGACGCCCGACAAAGGCCCCGAUCCUAAAGGUACCUUUAGCAUGUUGGAGCCAGGAAACUACGUUAGUAUAGUGGCUGUCUUGAACAGGCCAUUUUCCCGAGGCUCAGUACACUUGGCCUCCUCAGAUCCGACAGAGCUGCCGACCUUCGACCCCCGUAUGCUGUCACAUCCACUCGACCUGGAGAUCCAAGCGCGCCAUGUAGUAUGGCUUGAGACCCUGGCAGCCACCGAGCCCAUGGCGUCGCUACUGAAGCCCAACGGCCGUCGACUGCAUUAUCCGACGCGUGUGACAAGCUUAGAAACAGCGCGAGAGCUGACGCGGGACCGCUUACUAUGUCAUUAUCAUGUUUUAGGAACAGCAGCCAUGAUGCCGCGGGACAUUGGAGGUGUGGUUGAUGAUCGACUGAGGGUAUAUGGGUGUCGAAAUUUGCGCGUGGUGGAUGCCAGCGUGAUUCCAUUGAUACCUCGCGGCAAUAUCCAGACGACAGUGUAUGCUGUGGCGGAAAAGGCUGCUGAUAUUAUCAAGGAGGAUAGAUUGGCGUUACUGUGAUGGUAUUUGACUCUCAGUAGCUUGCGAUAUGAUAGUAUCAGGCUUACUCUGGGGCGUAGAGGCACAGCCGUUGAACUGAUACCGUGUCUUUCUUUCUUUAGGCUGGCAAGUGUGUGAAUUUGAUACGAAGCACAUGCAUAUCUUUUGCUAAUGUUUUUGGAGAGGAUUUGGCCAUUAAUCGUGAUCAAUGAAGAUAAAUUUCCUAUCUUCUGAUGGUUUCUGGUCAUGUGGGAAGAAAAGGGAAGGGUGAGAAAUCUGUGUGAAGUAAUAGCUAGAAGGCACGUCUUUUAUCACCUAACCUACACUGGAAUAGAGAGGUGACCUUCUACCGUCUCUCGAGAUUGUAGGCCCUUGGCUUUCAUUGGCCUUGUGCACUGUGUAUUUAUUUCAUUCUUGACUUCUAAGUAGUACUGGUCCAAGCGGACUCAACCCUCAAGAUGCCAAAAUCCAGUCAACAACGAUGUAACAAA